AUGUCGAACCUGCGCCCGGAACCUCAACUCGGACAUGUCGCUGCACGACGGGGUGAGCUCCGCGCCGUGCCUGGACUCGCAGGGCCCGGGGCGGCCGGCGUCGGCCGCUUGGAAGCCAGCUACGGCGUCACUGACGUGCCCCGCCCCCGCCUCGCGCCCCGCGGCCCCGGGCCCCGGCCCCCGCCUUCCCGCGCCCGGCCGCCCGCCCCCGCCGGCGCCGCCGCCCGCCUGUGCCGCACGCCACGCGCCGGUUGCCCCGGCCGUGGCGCGGGCCGCUGCGCAGCCGCCUCCGUCGUCUCCGCGCCGAGCCCGCCCUCCGCGCCCGUCGCCGCCGAGGCGGCGGCGGCGCGGCGGCGGCGCGGUAAGCGGCGGUGGCGGCGGCCCUCGCGGCCGCGCGCCUUCCGCUGGCUCUGCGUGACGGUUGAUAUUGGGUGA